GAGGACCGGAAAGGAGGCGGGGCCGCGGGGGCGCGCGCUCCCGGAACGCGCGCGGCGCAGGCGGCGCGGAUCGCAGGGAGCCGGUCCGCGGCCGGAACGGGGUCCCCGGUGUGCUUGCGGAACGGGGCUCGGGGAGGACGGUCGCGAUGAACACGGUGCUGUCGCGGGCGAACUCGUUGUUCGCCUUCUCGCUGAGCGUGAUGGCGGCGCUCACCUUCGGCUGCUUCAUCACCACCGCCUUCAANCCGCCCGCCCGCCCGCACGGUCCGCCGCGGGCUAGCCCGGCUCCGGGGCCGGCCGCCGCGGCUCGGCUUUUUUAUCCUCUCUUCACACAAGUUUCUCUGAUUUUUACUUGUUUCUUUGUGGGAUUGCCCUUCCACCUGUGCCUCCAUCUAGAUCCUGUGUUUCACUUUAAGGAACUAUGUGAAUUGUGUGUGCUGUUAUGUUUGAAGGAUGGUAAAACUUUUAUCUUUAUUUUUAGAAAAAAUGUAGAAGACUUCACUGGACCUAGAGAAAGAAGUGAUCUGGGCUUCAUUACAUUUGAUAUAACUGCUGAUCUGGAGAAUAUAUUUGAUUGGAAUGUUAAGCAGUUGUUUCUUUAUUUAUCAGCAGAAUAUUCAACAAAAAAUAAUGCUCUGAACCAAGUUGUCCUUUGGGACAAGAUUGUUCUGCGAGGUGAUAAUCCAAAGCUGCUGUUGAAAGAUAUGAAAACAAAAUAUUUUUUCUUUGACGAUGGAAAUGGCCUCAAGGGAAACAGGAAUGUCACUUUAACCCUAUCUUGGAACGUUGUACCAAAUGCUGGAAUUCUACCUCUUGUGACAGGAUCAGGUCACGUAUCUGUCCCAUUUCCAGAUACAUAUGAAAUAACGAAGAGUUAUUAAAUUAUUCUGAAUUUGAAACAACGUAUUUUUAUACUUAAUGAAUCAUAUCUCGUUUUUCUCUUCCCUUGCAUCUUCAUUUGGUUUUUACUUUUUGGGGGCUGGGGUGUAAGAACUAACAUAAGAGGCAUAUUUGAAGGGAAAAGUUAACGUGCUACUUAAACUUCAUUUUACAAACAAAACACACAAAAAGCCACCAGAGUGGAGUAUUAUAAAAAUAAGACAACUACAUAAUAAAGAUUUGUAAAACAGUUUAUGUUUGAGGUAUUCCCUAUAUGGCCACGCUUCCUUGUGGCAUAUACAGUGAGCAUGAAGAGUAGUUAAAACUGGUAGGUGCCUGUGGAGUUAAAAGAACUGUGUUGUAUUCCUUGCAUUCAUGCAAGUUCACAUUAGAUAUGAUUCAGAAAUGGACAUUCUCUUUUAGGGUAUGUCUCAUUACUGGAAAAAUUAAAAUGGUUAUUCGUAAGACACUUGGUUUACAAAAUAGCCGAAAGUGAUGGAAUUUUAUUCCAUUUGUCUUAGGAAUGCCCUGUUAUGCUUGUUUUUCUUACAGGUGACUAGCAACUUUCUCUACUUAAAGACUAAAUACCUCUUUAUAAGCUGUAAAUCAUUUUAACUCAUUUAAAAGUCUCUUAAGUCAACCAAAU